AUGUGUUUUGGGAUCACUACUCAGGGCACAAUUUUGAGAACAGUGCGUUAUGUGUCGAUUCGAGUGCAUGAACGCAUUGACCAAGGUCCUGCAGACGAUCUCCAAGGUGCUCCUCAAACCUCUUUCCUUUCUUUGACAUGUGAAUCAUUUCAAGAAUUUGCUCGAGCAGUCUUCAGUUUGAACACCGAAGAAGAGCCAAACUAUGCAGCAUUGCAAGCUUUGCUUACGGAAAUGGUUGGCGAUCGGAAGAUGAGCGAUCCUUAUGACUGGGAGAUGAACUAUCGCGAGGCCAUCGAAGGUGUGCGGUAA